AUGUUUCACCCAUUCGGCUUCGCAUUCCUACUAUGUGUGCCAACGGUGUUAUCAGUCCCGUGGCUGUACAGCAAGGUCUCCGAAAGUCCGGAUGCCGAGCGUGUCGUCGAGGUCCGUGUGCAUGUCAACGCAACCAGAAACGGGAAACAAGUGUUCGGGAACGCUACGAUUUGCAGCGGUGUGCUGCUGGCUGAAGACAUUGUCGCAACCGCCUCACAUUGUCGGCUCUCCGAGUGGUAUGUAUGUAUGACGUCGUCCAGAAAGUUUGUACGUUUUUCAUUCCUUUGUUUUACAAGGAUUGUUUGUUCUUUGGCAAAUGGAAUUGUUGGCGCUAAGCCCCAAAUUUGCAUAAGUUCGCCAAUUCACUAUAAAAGACACGGAUCAAAUCAUUUUGUAAUCACUUUUCCUUCUGUGUGUGUCCAAUAAAAGACUCCUUCUCCUUGUCGUCUCGUCUUCCUCGACCGGUCGAUCCUCAGCUUUAUUUCUUCUCCUGGCCUUCCAGUUUUAGGAAUACAUUUAUUUGAUACAGCUUUUUCUCCUCUGCAAAACUGGCUGUAUCAAGUAAAUAUAUACCCUUUGCCAAACUGCAAACAAUCCUCGUAAACCAAACCAAUGAAAAAAACGAACAAACUUUCUGGACGACCGUACGUAUGCUCACUUUUUAACACUCUAUUAGGCCUUUUUUGGAAAAGUACUUCGUCAGGCUUGGAGAGCAAGAGGUGCCCGUCGCAAGUUUUUACCGCGAAAAGCGGAUAUUGGUAGAUCCCAUGAACAUGUGCACCUACCGCCGAUCAGCAUGACAGAUUAUACAUUUUUAGAAGGAGUGCGACGACAACGCUCUUUUAAUUUUGGAAAAGAACAUAACCGUACAAACGGCGUCUCCUUUAUACGUUUAUUGUGGGGCGGUCUCCGAUUUGAAAGAUUGUGUUGGCUAUGGCUAUGGGUUGACCGAGCGUAAGUUCGGAUUCAAAAUAAACUGUGAGAGUUAAGACAAUGCCAAGUCGCGGGAGGUCCGUGAAGCGCAUUACACAGUAAGGAGACCGCCAAGUAAUGCGUAUGGAUCGGAGAGCUGUCUAAUCGCGUCGUACCACAGCAAAGCGAAGAUGUGCAACGUAAGGAGAUGUUUGCUAACAGGGGAAGUACUCCAAGUGCGAUGCUCAGAUUUUUUUUUAAUUUUGUACACACGUCGGGUAUGGACUCAAUAUCAAUUACUGAAAGUUUUAGCUCGCGCUUUGCGGGCGCCGCCGAGAUAUCGAACGAUUUUUGCCGCCGAAAGAGCACGCUAAACGUGGAGAGCGGUCAGAGAGAAAAGUGCUUUUUGGCCAUAACUCUGGCAAUUGCGUGCGGAAUAAUUUGAUUUUUUGCAGAAACAUUGUCCUUUACGGUUGAAAUAGGCAUGAAACUUUUCGCGCCGAAAUUUGGCAAGAAGUCCUAAAUUUUGGCCGACUUUCAAUCUAAAAAUCUCGGUUGUUUCAAUUCAAAGCGCGAGCUAGGAUUCUCGCACAUAUCUUAGAAAAAAUUAUUCUAAAUUUGUGCCAAGUUUCAUCAAAAUCUGAGCGUCGCACUUGUAGUACUUCCCCUGUAAGCUAAAAGUCUCUUCAAAUGAAUCAUCUGUUUUUUCUGUGUACAGGGCGACUCGGGAGGACCAACUAUCUGUAAAUUUCACGGCCUAUCCAUGCUCGCCGGCGUCGGUUCACAAAUCUACGCUCGUGUGGAGGGAACAGCGCCGGAGGUUAAAACCGUGGAACAAGAAGUUUCGUUCUGCAAAUUAACCUCUGCCUUUUUAAUGACUAGAACUGCCAACAUGAUUCGACUGCUCAAAGAAAUUCCAGGUGGCGACAGGAAAUAUAUUAUGAAUCGAAUUCACGCCUGGAAUUGUGGAUUGUGGGAUUGA